UGCUUUCUAUCGGUGAGUUUUGUAAACAAAUCUGUAAUCAUUUAUGGAAAGCCGGCUGGGGAACGAAACAGAGCAUUGCUCUGAUAUUUUUUACAUGACUUGAUAAUAUUUAUAUGUUCCGUUCAUUUAUUUGAUUCCUGAAAUUAAAGUCGCUAUUUAAAGAGAAUGUUUAAAGAAAACAAAGAAUGAGUCGCUUUUCAAGAAUGUCUUCAUUGCAACUGUUUGUACUUAUUUUUUGUACCAUAACAGCAAUCUGGCUGACAAUGCAAUUUGUUGUUUUCAACACAUGCUGGCAUGCUGCCAAGUAUGUUCCUACAAAUGUGCAAUCUUUGUGCCAAAAAGAACAGAAUUAUUUGCUUCUGAGAGUUUUUGAGAUAGCGAAAGGUGAACCACAAUGUAUAAAGCUUUUAAAAAUUUUUGAAAAAACUGUAAAUGCCUAUGGCAGCAAACCUAAGAUUUUUAUGAUAACACCUACUUAUGCAAGACCUGUUCAAAAAGCAGAACUUACAAGACUAUCUCAUACUAUUCUAUUGGUUACAAAUAUCCAUUGGAUAGUUGUAGAAGAUGCAGAAAAUAAGACGGCUCUAGUCACAAACUUUUUAUCUAAGUCUCGUCUGCCAUUUACUCAUUUAAAUGUUCCCACACCUCCUGCUAUGAAAAUGACAAAGGAGGAUCCUAACUGGCUGAAACCAAGAGGUGUAUUGCAACGCAAUUUGGGUCUCAGCUGGAUUCGUAAACAUGUGCACCCAGAUGAAAAGGGAGUUGUGUAUUUUGCAGAUGAUGACAAUACAUAUGAUUUAGAUCUUUUUGAAGAGAUGCGGUAUACCAAAACUGUUUCUGUUUGGCCAGUUGGAUUGGUUGGAGGUUUAAUGGUGGAGAAGCCAAUUGUAAAGAAUGGAAAAGUGGUUGGAUGGAAUACCUUGUGGAAAAAAGAUCGUCCUUUUCCGCUUGACAUGGCUGGCUUUGCUGUCAAUCUAAAAUUAAUACUUGAUCAUCCGGAAGCUGCAUUCAGUCUUUCAGUACCACGUGGAUACCAAGAAAGCAAACUUUUGAAAGAUCUAAUCCGAGUUGACCAAUUAGAGCCAAAAGCAGAUAAUUGUACUAAGGUAUUAGUAUGGCAUACAAGAACAGAAUAUCCGAAAUUGAAACAAGAAUGGAAACUUUCUGUACCAUCCAAUCUCCAUAUGGAAGUAUAAUACUUCAAUAUCUCAUUGACAGAUAAUAUUGUAAAUAAACAUUUGUACAUAUUAUCAUAUUCUGUAAAUAUAGCUGUGAAAUAGAUCUGAUAAUAUCUUAGAAUAGCAAAGAACAGC